AUGGCAACCUCCACACAGAGUUUUUAUGCGCAGCCUUUCGGUGACUUCGGAGACUACCCGUACAACAUGGGUUUAGGGACGGGUCUGGGGAUGGGGAUGCCGAUGGGUAUCGGGAUGGGGAUGCCGAUGGAUGCGAUUGAGUUCGCCGGUGACUUUGGAAUGAUGGGGCUGAUGAGCGGAUUUCCGGGAAUGAUGGGAGGCGGAUGGGGAAUGGGCGGCUAUCCUAUGUACGACGGCGGCUAUAACACGGGCUGGGGCGGCGGCUGGGAAGGCGGCAUGGAUGCGGGAUGGGGCGGCAGGGAGGCCGGUUGGGGAGGCAAGGACGCCGGAUGGCAGGGGGAACGUGGUGGAGGUUGGGGGGAUAAUAUGGGACGCAGAGGUGACAACAUGGGCGGAUGGUGA